ACCAGACUCAUUCAACGUUCUGGCAUCUAACAAGCAACACAAAUAUACAUUAAUAUACAGUGUAUAUUAUACAUUGUAUAAAUAUAUUGUAUAAAAACUCAAAUAUAAAAAAAAGCGAAAUACUUUUGCGACGCGAUGCCUCUUGGGAGAACUUGGAGCCGCUCAAUGCUCAUCCCGGCUAAGAAUCAUGAUGGAGCUAUUUUUCCGCCCGCGAGGAGACCGGAACCCAUUCCAGAGAUUCGAGAGGAUCGACCGUGCAUGGGAUGGCUGCUCGGCUGGGAGUACGGUCGGAACUGGCUGACUCGCCGAGAGGAGAUUACCCAGCAACGCAACAUGAUCGCCAGUUUCGCCAGGAUUCCACCGGACUUCGACUGGUGGCUCAAUCAGCGCCGUCCGCUUUUGGUACGUCAGCAGCGUUUCCAAUCCAAGACUGGAGCCCGGAAGACGUUAACAGCUUUUAGCUUAGCCAAGCAGAGACGGGAGUCACACCGUCGUAAAAUGCAAGGAGUUCCAAAAGAAAACUAAGAAGUACCACUGUCACUUUAUUCUAGGGAACUUUCUUAUGUUUUUAUAUAUAUACUACAUAUAUACAUAAGCAUAGCUGUAAUUGCAAGUCAGAGAUGUUCCCUAACCCUAAAUUAUGAAAGUGUAGCCCCUGUUAGAUAUUAAAAAAUAACGACUGCAA